AUGGCGGUUGUGAUGAAGGCUUGCAUCGUCUGGUUGGUCUUGGUACUGGGCAUUGCGAGUGCAUGGUCAUCCGAGACGCUGCGGUUUGACGCAGUGCCAACGUCCGCAAGCGUACUGUCGGUCAGAGACGAUACGCCAAAAUUCAGCCCUUCGAGGGGAUGCAAGGCUGUCUGUAAGGCCUCGGGCUGUCAGGGAUGUAACUCGAAACGCAGUCUGAGCUGGCCGAUCGGGAACUUCCACACGGGCGAUGCGGACAAUGCGACUCAAUCCGUCCAACUCUCCAAGCGCGUGCUCGCACCAGUAUCUGCAGCAAACGCUGACCGCUAUGUAUCGAAUCUCGCCAAUGGACCAGGCGUUGAAAGCAUCGUCGCCACAAAUAGCGUGGGGUCCAUCAGCUUUUCCGUGCAGGAAAUGUUCGCAAAUCAUCCAGGACCGACGCCCUUGCUCGUCGGCGUAAGACAAAGUUUUCUGACGGGAUGCACUAUCUUGACGGUGGUGAGCAAACGGGCGGUCUAUAUGGCACAUUUUUAUCAAGAUUUGGGGUUCGAGAAUGAGGAGCCUGAGGAGGGCGAUCCCCCGGUGAAUUUCCAGGGAACUGUCCUUGACCUGAUUGCUGGUACAUUGGCUGGUACCCCAGACCAGGUGAACGCUGGCGGUCCAGGUAUUGAUCCCGCUCUCUUCAACGCGGAUGGCGAUAUGCCCUAUGCGAAUAYCAUGGUGCCCCGUCRUAACAACCGAGGGAAAUCGGAAUAUUACCGCACUAUGAAUAAGCAGAUUGCAGACCUGGUGCAUCGCUUAAUACCGAGAUGCCGUAUCGACAAGUACAAAUAUUUUUCUGAAGAGGACUAUCCAGAUGAUAGUGCCAGGGGCGUGGCCAUCUUCGAGUACGACGCCGACGCAGAUGGAAACGGCCAUGGAGAUUGGCGUCUGUGGUACGAGACAAGCGUGCAAAGAGGUAGAGAGCUGGGGCAAGAUGUGAUCCCUUCGGCCGGUUCAUGA